CGCAAGUACUUUGUGCAAAAACAAUAUGGCAGCCUCAUGGAGAAAUGUGUUUCGAGCAUCGUCGAGUUUUUCUACUUCACAAAGAUUAUCUUGUCUUUUAUCAGUAGAUUUAAGUAGAUGUUCAUYCUUAAACCUAUCCAAUGGAAGAAUAUUUUCUACUUCGUCGGACUUGGAUAACGAGAAAACUGAACUAGAACACAAUCCAUUUUACCACAAAUAUGCAGAGAAAAUCCAAAUGAUCAACAAGAAUACUUUGAAGGAUAAAAAAAAAGACAACCAAAGAUUGGAAACCAAAACCCAGUUUGAUGACAGAAGUUUAAAGGAGGUUGACAAAAUGAAAGCUUAUGCCAGAAAUCAACUAAAAGAAAAGACAUUUAGAGAUACCAAUAGUCAGUCUCAGAAGGGGGGAGCUACUCAAUAUGGAGAACAAACAUUAGAUACAGUUAUUCAUAUGGAUCUCRUUAAGGAGCUAAGUGCAGAAGAAAUUGCACAGAUUUGGAAAGAAUACCAUGGGGGAAAAGAUUGCAUCAGUGCUUGUAUCUCAAGUGAUGUGUACCAAAGAAUACAGGAGAAAGCUGCAAAAUAUCCACUGUUUAUUUAUCCUAUUCCAAGAGAAAAUGGAUAUGAAUUCAUGUUUGCAGAAUUCUCAGGAAAUUCCUGCUUUGUGACACCUCUUUUGCAAUAUCAGAGUUUUGGUGAAAAUGCUCCAUGGGUUCUGGCAAUAAAGCACUUUACAGAAUUGAGAGAAUCUAAAGGGAUCGUCCUAAUGGUUGGGGAACCAGACACAAAGCAACUGAGUGUGACUGAUGCACAGUGGCUUGGUUAUCAGAUUCAGAUGUACUAUGCUUCUACUAGUGCUGCAAAGGAUGACUUAUUAAGAAUAUUCAAUAAGGAACCUGACAAGUUUGAUUACAUGAGUGUAAUCAAGCUGCUGGAAAGUGAAAUUGCAUCUGGAGCACUAAACACUGAUCAAAACCAUUAAAGAAAAGUUGUGUGAACAAAAACUUCAAGUCCUUGUACAAUUUAGCUGGGGGRAAAAAUUUCCUCAAAACAUUCAAUAAAUUUUAACAAUUCAUUUGGA